AUGAAAGACGACUUAGCUUUUAAUAUUAAAUUCGUUGAGUUAGUUCAUGAAAGACCACGUUUAUAUGAAUACACUAGACCCGAUUACAGUAACAGGAACGCGCAAGAUGCGUCUUGGCUAGAAAUAGCGAAAAUUGUCGAAGAAUCGGGACCAUUGACCCUUCCAAACUACACUUUUAGUGAAAGAAAACCUAUGAAUCUCAUCCAGACUUAUGAUGAUAAUAUUCUAAAACCAUCAACAUCAACAGAUAAAAAAGUAGCCAGGCAAAAUCAGUCAAAAGUUUGCAGCUGA